AAUUGUCAUUCUUUAUAUUUUUAUGAGUCAAUUUUUUUUAAUAAAAUUCAUAAAUUGUGCUAUGUUUAUCCGCUUGUAAUUUAAGGAAAUCAAAAUGAACACACUAGACAGACAACUGGCGGAACUUCGGAUAUAUGCAAACGAGUUGGACGCAAAAUUACAGGACGACAUAAACGCUGCAAAAUUAAAACCAUCGAUUCCACCCAAAAAAAAUAAACCGCCGCAACCGCAAAUACCCCAGAGCUACACGGUGAAAUCGGCCUGCGAGCCGUCGUACUCCUCUAGAUUAGAGUACGGGAGCCGGACGAGCUCUACGUACUCAAAUUUGGUGCCAGUGAAGAGUUGCAUCGUCCGAAACUCAGCGCGAGCGCGGAGCGGCGAUGUACUCUUGUACAGCAACCUGCUGCCUCCUGGCGGCACGACUCAUGUAUACUCGAACAUACCUCUGCAGCGGAACCCGGAGAGCUACUACGGUGGUGAUGCGCGGUCCGAGGUCUCCAGGAUGAGCGAUCUGGGCGCUCAGUCCACGUACAGCGAGCUGCGGCGGCCGGGUUCCGCUUAUCCGCCGUCCUCCGCGUCAGUCAACGCGCAAGACUUCUCCACUUAUGGAGAUUCACAGGCGUCAUCGACGUAUGAGUCGUUGUACGAGCCGAUCAACCCCAGACCGUGCAGUCAAUUGUCUGGAACGUCACUUUACGGGGGCUACGUCGGUCCCGCAGUCGAGCCGAUACUGGAGCCGGACGAGGCAUUGUACUGCGGCAACUGCAACAGGUGCGGGGAGAAGAUCAUGGGCGAGACGACAGGCUGCACGGCCAUGGAACGGAUAUAUCACAUCAAGUGUUUCUGUUGUCAACAGUGUAGCAUUAAUUUACAAGGCAGGCCCUUCUAUGCAGUACAGGGCAAGGCGCUAUGUGAACGGGAUUACUUGGAGACUUUAGAAAAAUGUUGCGUCUGCGGUGAUCCGAUACUUGAUCGUAUUCUCCGAGCAACAGGGAAGCCAUACCACCCGAGAUGCUUUACUUGUGUUGUGUGCCAGAAGAGCCUUGACGGAAUACCAUUUACUGUUGAUGCUGUUAACAGGAUCCAUUGUAUUGAAGAUUUCCAUAAAAGAUAUGCACCACGGUGUGCUCGAUGUCGGGAACCGAUCGUCCCAGAAGGUGGAGCAGAAGAGACAGUCCGCAUUGUGGCACUGGACAAGAGUUUCCACAUCGCCUGCUACUCAUGCGAGGACUGCGGUGCUUCCCUCUGCUCCAGGGAGGAAGGCAGAGGCUGCUACCCUCUCGAUGAUCAUUUGUACUGUAAGGAAUGUAAUGCUAGACGUAUACAAGAUCUUUCCAAAAAUAUUAACUAAGAUUUUUGCAAAAUAUUCUACUCUUUGCAGUUAAUAUAUCAUACAUGGAAUUGUUAUGCAACCGAAACUGUCAAGAGUGUAAAUCAAUGCUUAUAAAAAAUAUAAUGGUGCAAGUUUUUGCUGGCCAAGAUAUAUUACAUGAGUCUCAUUGUUUUUAAUUGUAGUUUUCUUUUGAAACUAUCAUUUAGUACUAUUAUAUUUUGUUUAUGUUAUAUAUUUUUAUCCUAUAAAUAUUACUCAUCACAAUACUAUGUAGUUUAUAAGCAUCAGCACAGAAUAUAUAUAUUUUUU